AAGUAUUUUUUAUUUUGGAGCGGCGCCUAUAAAAAUCCUUCCUCCUCGAUCUUCUUCUUCAUCCUCUCCAAUAUUCUGUAACCAGAAAGAAAAAGAAGAAAAAAGAAAGAGGAGAAAAUGGGUUCAAUUUCUAUGGCGGAGAAACCCCACGCAGUUUGCAUACCAUACCCAGCCCAAGGUCACAUAAACCCCAUGCUUAAGCUGGCCAAGCUCCUCCACUCCCACGGCUUCCACGUCACCUUCGUGAACACCGAGUUCAACCACCGCCGCCUCCUCAAGUCCCGUGGCGCCGCCGCCCUCGACGGCCUUUCGUCGUUCCGAUUCGAGACCAUCCCGGACGGGCUUCCCCCGACCGACGUCGACGCCACCCAGGACAUCCCCUCCCUCUGCCAGUCCACGCGACGCCUCUGCCUGCAGCCCUUCAGAGAGCUUCUCUCGAAGCUGAACGCCGAUCCCUCCGCCGCCCCGCCGGUGAGCUGCAUAGUCUCCGACGGGGUCAUGAGCUUCACUCUGGACGCGGCGGAGGAGCUGGCCCUGCCGGAAGUGCUUUUUUGGACCACUAGCGCUUGUGGCUUUCUGGGCUACGUUCACUAUCGCCACCUUGUCGAAAAGGGAUACACUCCGUUGAAAGACGAAAGCUACUUAACGAAUGGAUAUCUAGACACAGUGAUGGAUUGGAUUCCAGGAAUGAAAGACAUUCGUCUUAAGGAUCUUCCGACCUUCAUCAGAACCACAGAUCCAGAAGAUGGAAUGAUUGAUUUCUUGUUAUCAGAAACAAAGAGAGCCCAAAGAGCUUCUGCCAUUGUUUUGAACACCAUGGCUCCUUUGGAACAACAAGCCCUCUCUGCUCUUUCCUCUAUUCUGCCUCCAGUUUUUUCGAUCGGUCCCCUCCAGCUACUCCUCGAACAAGUCCCCGAUCGCGACUUGAAGUCGCUCGGAUCCAACUUGUGGAAGGAGGAAACAAGUUGCCUCCAGUGGCUCGACCACAAGCCUCCCAACUCGGUCGUUUACGUCAACUUUGGAAGUAUAACAGUAAUGACGAAAGAUCAACUAAAGGAGUUCGCGUGGGGACUCUUGAACAGUGGGCAGAUGUUUCUCUGGAUCAUUAGGCCCGAUCUGGUGGCGGGGGACACGGCGGUUCUACCGUCGGAGUUCGUUGAAGAGACUAGAGAAAGAGGAAUGCUAGCAAACUGGUGCCCUCAAGAAGAGGUUCUCAAACACCCGGCGAUCGGGGGGUUUCUAACGCACAACGGUUGGAACUCGACGCUCGAAAGCAUAAUCAGCGGGGUGCCGAUGAUCUGCUGGCCGUUCUUUGCCGAGCAGCAGACGAAUUGUCGGUACUGCUGCAACGAAUGGGGAAUCGGAAUGGAGAUUGAUAGUGAUGUGAAGAGAGAGGAGAUUGUGAAGCAAGUGAAGGAGUUGAUGGAGGGAGAGAAAGGGAAGGAGAUGAGGAACAAGGCCGGAGAAUGGAAGAAACUGGCGGAGGAGGCGGCGGCGCGUGGCACCGGCUCCUCUUUCCUCAAUUUGGAGAAAGUGAUUAAUCAAGUGCUUCUCCGUUCAUCCCCUUAGAUUCAUUUUUUAAAAGUUCAUAUUCAUCCCAUUUUCCUUGUAAUUGAGAGCAAAAUAAUGUUGGCAGGGUUGUUUUGGUCUUUCAGAUAUUAAUUUGCAACUUGCAAAAAUAAAAUAAAAUAAAAUAAAAUGGAUUUAAAUCCGAGCCUGACCACAGGCAUUUAAUUUGAUUA